AUGAAGGCCGCUCUGCGUGCCGGCCUUACGGGCGCCGACUGGAUUGACCGCCUCCCGUGGGUCAUGCUCGGUCUCCGCUCUGCCCCCAAGGAAGACCUCCAGGCCUCGUCCGCCGAGCUGGUAUCGGCCAGCCCCUGCGGGUCCCGGGAGUUUCUGCGGACGCGACUGCUCCUGGUCCGCCUCCUCUCACCGGACUGUGUCCCGGGCGUCGCCGAUGCCUCGUUCCGGUCCCGACGACUCGCCACUGCCUCCCCCAGUCCUAUGUCCCCAGGGACCUGCCAGCGGCGAGGUGCUGGUCGUCACGGCUACAACAACGCAGGAGAUGGGGAAGAGGGGGAUGGAGGAGGAGAAGGAGGAGGAGAGGAGAGGGAUGCGGAGUGGGACGAGGAGCUGGACGGGGAGGACGAGGGAGUGAGGAUGACGAGAACCAACACGCUUCACUCGACCACGAGCUCGACCGGCACGCAGAGGAGAAGAGGACUACACGCUAAGAAACAGGUCCAGGGCAGUAAUCAGGUCCAGAGAGCUCCGAGAGCUUUAUACUGUCUAAAACUCAACAAUCCAAUCAGACGAGCCGCUCUGUCCAUCGUAGAGUGGAAGCCUUUUGAUAUCUUCAUCCUUUUGGCCAUCUUUGCUAACUGCGUCGUUCUGGGAGUCUCUAAACCGUUUCCUGAGGACGACUCCAACUCCACCAACCACGACCUGGAACAAGUGGAGUACGUCUUCCUCAUCAUCUUCACCAUCGAGACCUUCCUCAAGAUCUUGGCCUACGGUCUGGUGAUGCACCCCAGCUCCUACAUCCGCAACGGCUGGAACCUGCUGGACUUCGUCAUCGUCAUCGUCGGGUUGUUCAGCGUCAUCUUGGAGACGAUGACUCAUAAGUCCGGCGAGGUGGCGACGACUCAUCACGUGCCGGGAAAACCUGGAGGUCUGGAUGUGAAAGCUCUGAGGGCCUUCAGAGUCCUGCGGCCCCUCAGACUGGUCUCUGGGGUCCCCAGUCUGCAGAUCGUGCUGAACUCCAUCAUGAAGGCGAUGGUUCCUCUGCUCCACAUCGCCCUGCUGGUGCUCUUCGUCAUCAUCAUCUACGCCAUCAUCGGUCUGGAGCUCUUCAUCGGACGCAUGCACAAAACCUGCUACUACAAACUAGCAGAUAACUACGUGGAGGACGACCCCGUGCCGUGUGCCUUCGCCGGUCACGGCCGUCAGUGCCGGAUCAACGGGACGGAGUGCCGGGGCCGGUGGGACGGGCCCAACGGCGGCAUCACCAACUUCGACAACUUCUUCUUCGCCAUGCUGACGGUGUUCCAGUGCAUCACCAUGGAGGGCUGGACCGACGUGCUCUACUGGAUGAACGACGCCAUCGGCUUCGAGCUGCCGUGGGUUUACUUCGUCAGUCUUGUAAUCUUCGGGUCCUUCUUCGUCCUCAACCUGGUCCUGGGAGUCCUCAGCGGAGAGUUCAGUAAGGAGAGGGAGAAGGCGAAGGCUCGGGGAGACUUCCAGAAGCUGAGGGAGAGGCAGCAGAUGGAGGAGGACCUGUGUGGCUACAUGGACUGGAUCACUCAGGCCGAGGACAUGGACGAGCUGGACGAGGACGGGAACCCCCGUCCGUCUCUGGGAGAUCUGUCAGACAAGAAGAGAGGAAAGUUUGGCUGGUUCAGUCACUCCAGUGAGACACACGCUAGUCUUCCUGCCAGUGAAACAGCGUCUACAAACACAGAAAACAUUGAUGAAGAACACACCAACUGCUGCCAGGCCUGCUGCUCCAAGAUGAUGCAGAUCAGCUGCUGCCGGACGCUGCGGCGCUGGAACCGGGUCUGCCGCCGGAACUGUCGCACAGCGGUGAAGUCGGUGACUUUCUAUUGGCUGGUUCUGCUGCUCGUCUUCCUCAACACCUCCCUCAGCGCCUCGGAGCACUACAACCAACCGGAUUGGCUGACGGAGGUCCAAGACAUCGCCAACAAGGUGCUGCUGUCGCUGUUCACCGUGGAGAUGCUGCUGAAGAUGUACGCUCUGGGGCCGGAUCUCUACUUCCUGGCCUUCUUCAACCGCUUCGACUGCUUCGUGGUGUGCGGCGGCAUCGUGGAAACCAUCCUGGUGGAGAUGAGCUUCAUGCCGCCGCUCGGCAUCUCAGUGCUGCGCUGCGUCCGGCUGCUGAGGAUCUUCAAGGUCACCCGCCAUUGGACGGCUCUGUCCCACCUGGUGGCGUCGCUGCUGAACUCCAUGAAGUCCAUCGCCUCGCUGCUGCUGCUGCUCUUCCUCUUCCUCAUCGUCUUCGCUCUGCUCGGCAUGCAGCUGUUCGGAGGGAAGUUCAACUUCGACGAGACGCAGACCAAACGCAGCACCUUCGACGCCUUCCCCCAGGCGCUGCUCACCUGCUUCCAGGUGACGGUAGACCUGAACCAGCCUGAACCAGUCCUAACUAUAGACCUGAACCAGUCCGUUGAGCCUAAAGAAUUAACUGAAGACAUCCUGCUGAACGUCUUCUUGGCCAUCGCCGUGGACAACCUGGCGGGAGGAGACGGAAACAAGAAGGAUAAGAAGACAGAAGUAGCGGAGGAGGAAAAGGUCGUAGGAGGAGGAGAGGGAGAGAUAGAAGGAGGAGAAGCAGAAGAACAAGGACAGGAAGAGGAAGUGAAGGUGGAAAUGGAUGAAGACACCGAGUACGAGGAGGAGGAGGAGGAGGAGGAACCUCCUGAAGGAGAAGAGGAUGCCGGAGUUCAAUUAAAGAUAGCCGACCUGGCUCCUCCUAAAGAGAAGGUGCUUCCAAUCCCAGAAGGCAGUGCGUUCUUCUGCAUGAGCAAUACGAACCCCAUCCGAGUGGCCUGUCACACUCUCAUCCACCACCACAUCUUCACCAACCUCAUCCUCGUCUUCAUCAUCCUCAGCAGCUGCUCAUUGGCGGCUGAGGAUCCAAUCAGAGCCCACUCCUUCAGGAACAACAUGAUUUGAUGUUUGACUGACUACGCAUCAUUCUCCAUCUUCACUGUGAUUCUUCUGUAAAAGAUGGCGGUUCACGGAGCGUUCCUCCACCCGGGCUCCUUCUGCAGGAACUGGUUCAACUUGUUGGAUCUGCUGGUGGUCAGCGUCUCUUUGGUCUCCUUCUUCCUUCACUCCAGUGCCAUCUCAGUGGUGAAGAUCCUUCGAGUCCUUCGAGUGCUGAGACCUCUGAGGGCCAUCAACAGGGCCAAAGGACUGAAGCAUGUGGUCCAGUGUGUGUUCGUGGCCAUCAAGACAAUAGGAAACAUCAUGAUCGUCACAACGCUGCUGCAGUUCAUGUUCGCCUGCAUCGGAGUUCAGCUGUUCAAGGGUAAAUUCUAUCGCUGCACAGACGAAGCCAAACACACUCCAGAACAGUGCAAAGGGACCUUCGUGGUGUAUAAAGAUGGAGAUGUGAACCAUCCGAUGGUCCGGGAGAGGAUCUGGCUGAACAGCGACUUUAAUUUUGACAACGUGCUGAUGGGGAUGAUGGCGCUCUUCACCGUCUCCACCUUCGAGGGCUGGCCCGCGCUGCUGUAUAAAGCCAUCGAUGCCAACGGGGAGAACUCUGGACCCAUCUACAACUACAGAGUGGAGAUCUCCAUCUUCUUCAUCGUCUACAUCAUCAUCAUCGCCUUCUUCAUGAUGAACAUCUUUGUGGGUUUCGUCAUCAUCACCUUCAGAGAGCAGGGAGAGCAGGAGUACAAGAACUGUGAGCUGGACAAGAACCAGCGUCAGUGUGUGGAGUUCGCCCUGAAGGCUCAGCCCCUGAAGCUCUACAUCCCAAAGAACCCGAUUCAGUUCAAGUUCUGGUCCAUCGUCAACUCCACGGGCUUUGAGUACAUCAUGUUCGUGCUCAUCCUGCUCAACACCGUCACGCUGGCGGUCCAGCAUUACGAGCAGUCGAAGCACUUCAGCCACAUCAUGGACAUUCUCAACAUGGUGUUCACCGGCCUCUUCACGGCGGAGAUGCUGUUGAAGCUGCUGGCUCUCCGACUCAGGCAUUACUUCGUGGACGCGUGGAACUCGUUCGACGCUCUCAUCGUAGUUGGCAGCGUCGUCGACAUCGUGGUCACUGAGUUCAGCAGUGGGGAAGACAGCUCUCGGGUGUCGAUCACCUUUUUCCGCCUGUUUCGAGUGAUGCGAUUGGUCAAGCUGCUGAGCAAAGGGGAGGGGAUUCGUACACUUCUGUGGACUUUCAUCAAAUCACUGCAGGCUCUGCCGUACGUCGCUCUGCUCAUCGCCAUGAUCUUCUUCAUCUACGCCGUCAUCGGGAUGCAGACCUUUGGGAAAGUAGCCAUGCAGGCUCACACUCAGAUCAACAGAAACAACAACUUCCAGACAUUUCCUCAGGCUGUUCUCCUCCUCUUCAGGUGUGCGACAGGUGAGGCCUGGCAGGAGAUCAUGCUGGCCAGUCUUCCAGGUAAACGCUGUGACCCGGAGUCGGACUACGAACCCGGAGAAGAGUUCAGCUGCGGAAGCAACUUUGCCAUCGUAUACUUCAUCAGCUUCUUCAUGUUGUGUGCUUUCCUGAUCAUUAACCUGUUUGUCGCCGUCAUCAUGGACAACUUUGACUAUCUGACGCGUGAUUGGUCGAUUCUGGGAUCGCAUCACCUGGAUGAGUUCAAGAGGAUCUGGUCCGAAUACGAUCCAGAGGCCAAGGGUCGAAUCAAACACCUGGACGUUGUGGCUUUGCUCCGGAGGAUUCAGCCUCCUCUGGGCUUCGGGAAGCUGUGUCCUCACAGAGUGGCUUGUAAGCGCCUCGUGACCAUGAACAUGCCUCUGAACGCUGACGGCAUGGUGACCUUUAACGCCACGCUCUUCGCUCUGGUUCGCACCGCCCUCAAGAUCAAGACUGAAGGUAACCCUGAGCAGGAGAACGAGGAGCUGAGGGGGAUCAUCAAGAAGAUCUGGAAGAGAAUGAAACCAAAACUACUGGAUGAAGUAAUACCACAGCAUGAAGAGGAGGAAGUGACCGUCGGGAAGUUUUACGCAACUUUCCUGAUUCAGGAUUACUUCAGGAAGUUCAGGAAGAGGAAAGAGAAAGGAGACCUGGCGGAGUCUGAGGCCCCCAACCCGUCUGCCAUCCAGCUGUGUAAAGCCGGUCUGAAGACUCUGCAGGAUCUGGGUCCAGAGAUGCGUCUGGCUCUGAACGAGGACCUGGAGGACGAGGACGAGGACCUGGAGGAGGGGGGCGACGGCGUCGGACCGGAGAGAGAUCAACGAGGCUCCGUGCUGGCCACGCCCACUGGUCCCUCAGGUCCCGGAGGACCGGCGGGGGACGGCGGCGUGUCUAACGGCGGUCCGGUCCACCGGGUCGGUUCCAUCACCAAGAUGCCGAACGGCGGCGAGCACGACGAACAUCUUCGGCGCGGAGACGACGCGAGGUCUUCCGUCAAUCUUCAUCCUCAUCACCACCGCCGGCCGUCAGCGAAGAACGGCCAGCUGGACCACGGAGACCACAAGAGACCGCAUCACAAGACCAGGAGAGACUGGAGGAACGUGGACCUGGAGGCCUGCGGGGAGCAGGAGGACAACGACAGCAUCACCUCCAGAGACAGACACCACUCUGACGAGCCUCCUCUGUACAGAGACCACGACGAUGGCCACGCCCCCAACAGCAGCUAUGGCAACGGGUACAGCGAGGCCAGGAGGACGACCCGGCGACGCCUACUUCCUGCCACGCCCACAGGUCGGAAGCCGUCAUUCAACAUCCAGUGUUUGAGGAGGCAGCGCAGCAGUGACGACCUGCCGAACCCCGGAACCUAUCACCCCACCUCACCGCCACGCCGCACACGCACACAGACAUUCGGCGGUUACGAGUCUCGCCGCCCCUCCUCUGCGUCCUGGGCGAACCCGUGUCCUCGCCGCGGCCGCCUCCUCUACGCUCCGCUCCUCCUGGUGGAGGAGGGGGGCAGCCCGCCCUGGGGGGGAGGAGGAAGAGGAGGAGAGGGGCAUAAGGGAGGCGCAGGAAGAGGUGUCAACGUCACGCGUGCAGCACCCAGAGCGGCCUGGUACGGUGGCGCCGCAGGGACAUCAGCUCCGCCCCCUUACAGAGCCUACACCACCCUCAGAGUUCCCUCCCAGCUCGGCGCCCAGCUGACGGAGAAGCGCGGAUCGGCCGACAGUCUGGUGGAGGCGGUCCUGAACUCCGAGGGGCUCGGCCUGUACGCCCGGGAUCCCAAGUUCGUGGCGUUCGCCAAGCGGGAGAUCGCCGACGCGUGUCACAUGACGGUGGACGAGAUGGAGUCGGCCGCCAGCGACCUUCUCUGCAACGGGAGCCACGGUUUGGUCAGCGCCGCCGCCGACCCCGCCGCGCUCUACAGCGACGAGGAGCCGAUCAGGACGGGCCGCGACGAGGACGAGCUGGUCGACGAGAUGACCUGCGUGACGUCGUUCUGACUGAGCCAAUCAGUGACGAGACAUUCAACCAAUAGGGGGACGGGGCAGAGAGGAGGCCGGAGCUGAAUAGAAAUAACACCGACUGACAGGAUUCGUGAAGUAACGAUGAAAGAUGACCGACAGCAGAGUGACGCGUAUACCCCUGGUGGUCAGUCGAGAGAAUGCAGCUUUAACAGAUGAAUUAUAGACUUCUAUACAGCCAGAGGAGUCGCCCCCUGGUGGACAUUAGAGAGAAUGCAGCUUUAACACAUGAAGUGGAUACUUCUAUACAACCAGAGGAGUCGCCCCUUGGUGGUCAAGAGAAAGAAUGCAGCUUUAACACAUGAAGCAUAGACUUCUAUACAACCAGAGGAGGUGUAUGUGGGGGGGGGGGGGUCAGAUGGAGGUCAACAGGAAAGUGUGUUUCUGCUGUUAAACAUUGUGUUAAAAAUAUUUGAUGUGUUUUUAUUCUCAUAAAUGAAGACAAUGAUGUGAAAAGGG